AGUCUAAAAGCAUUCCGUUCGUAGCGAUUCACACGUACAAACUAACGUUACAAAUUCACUGUAUUUUAUUCACUUUGACUGCGUUAGUUUUAAGGCGCAAAAACUCUACAGAAAUGACUAGUUUACUUCAAAAGUCAGUGAGGGGGCUUUUUUGUACAAACUUGGCAAUAAAGUCGAAAAUAAAAGGUUUUCUGCAUGAAGCAAGCAAAGCAGUAUUUAUUCCUACAGCCUCAUUGAAGGAUCUGAAGCCAAUUGAGACAUUUGAACAUGUGACGAUACCUGAGAGACCCAAGCUGAAGUUCUACAACAAAGUCCCUAAGAGGACACGCUACAAGAAAGUCUUCAAACGGCUGAUUCAGAUCAGGGGCCCCUCGGAGGUUGCAAAUAAACUCAAGCUGGGACAGUAUGGCAUUGUGGCUAGAAGUGGCGGUUAUUUACACCACGGCCAUUUUGAGAUGAUGCGCUUGACCGUCAACCGCGCCCUGGAUUCCAGCCGCAUGUAUGCCAGAUGGAGGGUGGAACCACCCAUUAAACCAAUCACCAAAAAGGGGCAGGGCCAACGGAUGGGGGGAGGAAAAGGCAGUGUGGAUCACUAUGUGACCCCAGUCAAGGCCAACCGUAUGAUCUUGGAGGUGGGCGGCAAGAUGGAGUUUCAGGAAGUCCAAGCCGUUCUAGUCCAAGUUGCUAAGAAGCUGCCGUUCCGUGCCGAGGUGGUCACAGCGGAGACUAUGAAAGUGAAGGAGCAAGCUCGUCUUGAGAAGAUUGAGAGUAAUGCCAAUCCGUGGACCUUUGAGAAGAUUGCUGUUGGGAAUUACCUCGGCAUCUCUAAUCGUCUCGGUCCCUAUGAUUACAAAUGGUUUGGGGAGUACAGGUGAAUGGUAUCUGGACCUGUUUCUGUGGACUAGACAUGUUGACGUCCCCUUGUUGCUAUCCCUAGGUAUGGAUCAAAACUGCUGAGAUGCAUCAGAGACCGUCUCAGAACACAUGACUGCAUCGUCACUUGAGAAGUUGAAGGGAUUAGCGGUUGGACUAGCCAAGAGCUUCAAUAUCACAGAACAAGAGCCAAUGCCAUUUCUCCCCCCCCCCCCCCAGGUGCGCGUUUUGUUGUACAUGUACAAAUCACUCUCAUAAAAAAAUAUCAUUUGUAGAUGGGUAAUUCCACACUAAUGGGCCAAUAAGGUAAGGUUAAGGAUGUUGCAAAUAAAGGGUAAAAUAUGAGCUAGUAUUUUCUUCAGUUUUUUCCUAUACCUUGCUAGGCUGAAAGUGACUUGGACAAGACAAGACAAAAGAUGAUAUUUUUUUUAUUUGAGAAAAUAACAGGUCUUUUUUUCUGUAUUAAACGUAUGUAACAUGGACAGACACAGGAAAAGGGUGCUUGGGACAAAUUCAGGACAAAAUUUACAUUGUUAUCAAGCGAAAAUAUAACAGUUUUCACACUGUCUUCAAAUUUAUGAUGUAAUUAGUGUUGCGUACGAACAGGGACAGACAUUUUGUGACAAACGUCCAGUCUGUUCGUACGAAUAAUUCCUGAUUAUAAAAUAUCAAAUAACUCUUCACAUUGACUCUCAGGGUACAUCUUUUUAAAUACAUCAAUAUCAAGGAUCAUUACAUUUUAUAAUAAUUAUAAUAAUAAUAGUGGAUAUUUAUAAAGCGCACGUAUCCACCAGGACUGGUGCUCAAGGCGCUACAUCAUUUAUUUAUGCUUAAUUUGUGACUUGAUCUCAAAUGUCUGUCCUUCGUUGUGUACGUAACACUUUUUAAAACAAUAUCCACUAUAUUUUCUAAAAUUCAAAACCUGUUAUAAAUAUCAUUUGCAGGUGAGGAUAUUUGUUCGAAGCUUGCAAUGUUUACAGCAAAAAUUGAUAGACCGAGAUCCUAGAUUUAUCUUUAAAACUUAAAGGUCUUCUCAAAUGUCACACUUUUGGGCCCAUUAGUGUGGAAUUGCCCAGAUGUUGCUGCCUCUGUGCCAUCUUGUGCAUCUGAAGAUUUCCAAACUAGUCUUAAGAAAUGUUAAGUUCUCGGAUGAAUACAUCUGAUUUUAAGUUACUAUUGAUAGUAAUGGAAUAAUAAUAAAGGCGGCUGCUUUAUACAGGCAGAAUCAA